CAGUCGCCUCGGCGCAGAGCGACAGCGGUGUCGUAUCAGCGGAGACAGCGCUCACAGACGCGGCCUGCACGGCAGUCGGAGGACGUGAUGAUAAGCUGCGAGCGCUGCGGCACACAGCACAAGCCUAGACAAUGUCCGGCGUUUGACGUCCAGCAGCUGAUCGGUAAUAAAGAAGAUGUUUCCCCUCAGUUAGGGGGGAGCUCCACUUUGAAGCAGGAGACUCCACAACCACCCUGCAUUAAAAAGGAAGAGGAGGAACUCUGCAUCACUCAGGAGGGAGAGUGUCUUCUAGGACGAGAGGAAGCUGAUUACACCAAGUUUCCACUGAGUAUUCUCUCUGUGAAGACUGAAGAUGAUGAAGAGAAACCACAAGUAGACAACCUCUUAGCUCCACUAUCAGAUAGUGAGGCUGAAGACGAGGUUGAAGAAUCUUUGAGCAGCGAUAAAGACUGUGAAGGUGAUAUGAGGACUCACACUGACAACAAACACUCUGAAUGCUCUUCAAAGAAGAGAGGUAAAAAAUGUUUGAGCUGCUCAGUUUGUGGCAAAAGCUUUUCUCAAAAUAGCUCUUUGACUCGACACAUGAGAACACACACAGGAGAAAAACCAUUUACUUGUUCAGUUUGUGGCAAAAGCUAUUCUCAAAACAGCCGAUUGACUCAACACAUGAGAACACACACAGGUGAAAAACCAUUUAAUUGUUCAGUUUGUGGCAAAAGCUUUUCUCAAAAUCGCAUUUUGACUCAACACAUGAGAACACACACAGGUGAAAAACCAUAUAUUUGUUCAGUUUGUGGCAAGAGCUUUUCUCAAAAUAGCGUUUUUACUCAGCACAUGAGAACACACACAGGUGAAAAACCAUUUAACUGUUCGAUUUGUGGUAAAAACUAUUCGGUUAAGAGUACUUUGAUUGAACACAUGAGAACACACACAGGUGAAAAAACAUUUAGUUGUUCAGUUUGUGGCAAAAGCUUUUCUGUUAAGAGGAAUUUGACUCAACACAUCAGAACACACACAGGUGAAAAAACAUUUGGUUGUUCAGUUUGUGGCAAAAGCUUUACUGUUAAGAGGAAUCUGAACCGACACGUAGGAACACACACUGGACUAAAACCAUAUAAUUGUUCAGUUUGUGGUAAAAGCUUUCCUCAAAACAGCUCUUUGUGUCGACACAUGAGAACACACGCAGGUGAAAAAACAUAUAAUUGUUCAGUUUGUGGCAAAAAAUGUUCUCGAAAUACCUCUUUGACUCAACACAUGACAACACACAGGUGAAAAACCCUUAAUUGUUCAGUUUGUGGUAAAAGCUUUCCUCAUAACAGCUCUUUCUGUCGACACAUGAGAACACACACAGAUGAAAAACCAUACAAGUGUUCAGUUUGUGGCAAAAGCUUUGCUGUUAAGAGCCAUUUGACUCAACACAUGAGAACACACACUGGUGAAAAACCCUUUAAUUGUUCAGUUUGUGGUAAAAGCUCUCCUUAUAACAGCUCUUUGUGUCGACACAUGAGAACACACGCUGGAGAAAAAAACAUUUAGUUGUUCAGUGUGCUGUAAAAGGUUCCCACAUAAUGCAGACGCAGUAAAACACAUAAAAGCACACAAGGGAAAAUAACCAAUUAGCUGUUUAGUUUGUGGUAUGUUGCUCAUAUGUGGCGACAUCCACCCUACCCAGGACCUCCUCACUGCUUCUUUCACAAAUAUCUGAGGUAUUCAUACAAACUUGGAUUAUUUGGAGCAUAAUCUUAUCUACUCAUGACCCCAUGUCUUCUCUGUAUCUGAAACCUUCUUGAACAGUAAGAUAGAUGAUGCUUCAAGUGCUUGGUUAUUCCUUCUUCAGUCCAGGGACCUGGGGCCUCAUGUGUCAAGUUUCUGCACGCUCAAAAACCUGCACUACACCCUUUUUCACUGCAAAGUUGAGAUGUAUCAAGUUGACGUGAAAUUUUGCACUGUCUCACGACAGCUUCUUAGCUGUCAUACGCACACUUCUACAGGCUGUGGAUACUUAAGCGACACACAUAAGUGAUGCGGGGUAACUGUUCCCAUAAAGUGACAACUUUUACUCUUCAGACUGAUUGAUGUGCAAAUCAUAGACAUAUGAACAAUUAACACCCACAACCCAACCCCCACCUCCCUCGACAUUCGGGCAUAACAGGUUCAAUCCAGCCCAUGAGAUGAGUUUGCGAAAUGUAAAAUUCACCUGCAUUUUUUAAGGAAAGAAACUGCUGUUCUAAAUGUGUCCACUGGAUGUCGCAAUAGCAAUUCUGUUAGGCAAGCAAAUAGUUUAUACCGGGGCGAGCAAGUAUACCAAGCAAGAGGUACACGGUAAAGCGGGGCUGUGACUCCUCCCCCUCCACCCAACGUAAAACAGGAGUAAAAUAAGCAAUCAGUAACCCCACUUAAAAUGCAGCAUGAGACACUGCACACUGAUAUACAAACCCCACCUCCAUAUGAGUUGGGAAAUUGUGUUAGAUGUAAAUAUAAACGGAAUACAAUGAUUUGCAAAUCAUUUUCA